AAAAAUUUUAGCAAAGAUUAUAUUGAAAUUAAAUUAAAAUAAAUUGAAAUGUAUAAUCCUGGUAAGACACCGUUUAAUGAAGACGAUGAUUUUUCUGAUUUAGAUGAUCUUCUAGACGAUUUUGCUGAUGAAAUUUUAUCCAAACCUCCUGCAAAUAAUUUACCUAUAAAUAAUACUAGUAAUAAUAAUAAUACUAGUAACAAUUCGACUUCGAAUACAAAUAUAAACUCAAAUGUAAAUACAAAUGCAAAUAAUAGUAUAAAUUCAAAUUUAAAUAAUCCAAGUCAUAGUAACUUAAAGAAUAAUAACAACAAUGCUUUUGGUUUUGAUUUUAAUAAUGGCAAUGUCGAUGCAAACCUUGACAACUUGUUGCAAGAUUUUGAUUCUAAUCCAGAUAUGAAAAAACAAUUUGAAUUGCUAAUAAAUCAAUUUGCUAAUGUUAUGAAUGUUGGCGAUGAUGAUGAUGACGAUGACGAUGAUGAUAAAACUACGAAUACUUCUAAUAAUAAUAAGCCAGGUAAUAAAGUGAAUGAUAAUAUUCCAAGAACUCUAACUACUCCCACUACUCAUACUGCUCCUUCUUCUUCUACAGCGAACAACAAUGAUACUCCAAACAAAGGAGAAAACAAAAUCCCAAGCUAUAAAAAUAAGAACGAUUUUAAGAAUAUAAUAAAUUCAACCAUGUCGAGAUUAAAAGAAAGCGGCAAAAAAGUAGAUCAAGAGAUCAAAGAGGAAAAUGAAAAUAAUGACAUGGGCGAACUCAUUAACCAGUUAAUGGGUCAAUUGAAUUUGGAUCCUGGAAGUGCCUUAAAUAACGAUGCAGGUGGUGGAGAUUUCGAUAUGAGCAAAUUUUUGGUUGACAUGUUAGAUCAGCUUUCAUCAAAAGAAAUCUUAUAUGAGCCAAUAAAGGAUUUGUCGAUCAAAUAUCCCAAAUGGUUGUCGGAAAACUCGCAAAAUAUCGGUAAAGAAGAAAGCGAAAGAUACAACCUGCAAAACACGCUAAUCCAAGAGAUUGUUGGUAAAUUCGAAUCGAAGACGUACGACGACAAGAACGCAGGCGAUCGAGAUUAUAUCAACGAUCGAUUGGAGAAAAUGCAGCACAGUGGGAUGCCACCAAACGAGUUGAUGGGCGACUUGGAGAAUAUUAUGGGGCCCCACCCAUCCUCAGGCUCCUCUGGAAAUCCAUUGGGCGAUUUGAACAACAACGACGAUAACUGUGCACAGACCUGAAAUCGGGAAGAGUGCAACAAAUAAUACAGGAUACAGUGAUACCGUACACAAAGCGCAAUGUGUAGGCGUGAUGGGUCGAAGUGUUCGCGUGCAAGAGCGUUCGGCUGG